GAAUGGCGGAAGUGGAGGCGCCGACGGCGGCCGAGACGGACAUGAAGCAGUACCACGGCUCUGGCUCCGUCACCAUGGACAUGGAGCGGAGCCGCUUCCCUUACUGCGUAGUGUGGACUCCCAUCCCGGUGCUUACGUGGUUUUUCCCCAUCAUUGGCCACAUGGGCAUCUGCACAUCCACAGGAGUCAUUCGAGACUUCGCAGGCCCCUAUUUUGUCUCGGAAGACAACAUGGCCUUUGGAAAGCCUGCCAAGUACUGGAAGUUGGACCCUGCACAGGUUUACGCCAGCGGGCCCAAUGCGUGGGACACAGCUGUGCAUGACGCCUCUGAGGAGUACAAGCACCGCAUGCACAACCUCUGCUGCGACAACUGCCACUCGCAUGUGGCAUUGGCCCUGAACCUGAUGCGCUACAACAACAGCACCAGCUGGAAUAUGGUGACCCUCUGCUUCUUUUGCCUGCUGUAUGGGAAGUACGUCAGCAUCGGGGCCUUUGUGAAGACCUGGCUGCCCUUCGUCCUCCUCCUGGGCAUCAUCCUGACUGUCAGCCUGGUCUUCAACCUGCGAUGAUGGCUGCCGGGCAGCCCCAAGCCCACGAGGCUCCUGAGGAGACAGCCGCCACCCUUUGGCCCCAGACUUUUCCUCUUCACUCCCAAGACAGACUGGCCCUACUAUGUAGGACCUGGGGCCUGGGCUGGGGGAUGGAAGUGCUGAGGAUGAGCACGGGGCA